GAAGUGGUCACCGCCAAGCGCGUUUUGCAGCGAGACUUGAAAAGUUUCUAGCGUAACAGGAAGAUGGACAUGACUUUAUGAUGGCGUGUUCUGGCGGUCUGCACGGCUCUCUUUGUACCACGAAAGAACCGCUGGUAAUGAACAAUUGGGUACAUAGAGCCGCCGCACGACGAUCCGCCCUUGCGAAAUUGUGGUAACCCCUCCCAAUCACAAGAAGAGAAAGGGGGAAAAAGUGACGGCACCGUGUAAGACUUUAGAAAAAUCGCCGUCGUCGCCAUUUUGUGUAUAUCAUUUAAAAAAACCCAUUCCUAAUCAUCUUGCUUUUUAUUACCUCUUCCAAUAAUAUAAUAUAACAAUAACAGUGUCUAUAGCAGCUACUGCCAUUGAACCUAUCAGUAGAGUGCAUCUGAAUAGCAGCCGCAACCCUGUCCGGUCCCUACAGAUUCUCAGUCGGGCUCUCUUGCCAGAGUGUUGCCCGAAGAAAAAAUAAUUUUGUUGCCGAUUAAUUCUUUCAAACGGAUAAUGGCUAACUCCAGUCCAACUUUAUCAAGCUUAUGGCCGGACGAUGGUCAAGGAAGUCCUCAUAAGAUUCCUACGACUUCCAGGGGACAGAAAAAUGGCCCUGAAUUUGAGAUUUUACGCCAUUAUAAAGAGAACGGCUUGGAUUCAAUAGCAAAAGAGGUCGGAGUACUUGAUGCUCAGGGUGACUUGGCUAAUUAUAAAGAUGGAAAUGUUCCUAAAGCUCCCUUCCAGUUUGUAACAUUUCCAAUUCCUGCCUCUCCACCAAAAACAGAACCUAAAAUAUUUUUGCCCAGUACAGGAUCCAUGCCCUCAGGGGUAGUAACGUUGCCAACUCAGAGAAAUACGACGAAUGUAGAUUCACAGUGGCGAAAUAGGAAAAGAGGGUCAGAGAUUUCUAUUGAACCAGAUUUUACUGAUAGUAAGAGGAAUAAAAAAGGAGAGAAAGGUGGUAAAGGUUUGCGGCAUUUUUCUAUGAAAGUGUGUGAAAAGGUUCAGAAAAAAGGAAUUACGUCUUAUAAUGAAGUUGCUGAUGAAUUAGUUGCAGAAUUUAGUGAUCCUAGAAACUUGUCACCCUCAGAGCAGGUAGCAUAUGACCAAAAGAAUAUCAGGCGGCGUGUCUACGAUGCUUUGAAUGUCCUUAUGGCUAUGAAUAUUAUUUCAAAAGAAAAAAAAGAAAUUCGUUGGAUUGGAUUACCUACAAAUUCAGCUCAAGAAUGCCAAAAUAUUGAAGCAGAAAAUCGAAGAAAGAUAGAACGUAUCAAACACAAAACACAACAAUUACAAGAAUUAAUUUUGCAACAAAUUGCUUUCAAAAAUUUGGUUGAAAGGAAUAGGUACUGUGAACAAACAAUGGGCCGACCACCGCAGCACACCUCCAUUCAUCUUCCAUUUAUUAUUGUAAAUACAAGUAAGGAAACUGUGAUUGAUUGCAGCAUUUCUAAUGAUAAAUGUGAAUACCUUUUUACUUUCGACAACACAUUUGAGAUCCAUGAUGAUAUUGAAGUUCUCAAGCGCAUGGGUAUGGCAGAAGAUUUAGAAAAGGCUGUGAAUAUGGUGCCAAAAGCUUUAGAGCCUUAUGUUAAGGGAUUGACUGAAGCUGGUACUGCUGGGACAUUGUGUAUUAAUCCUACUGAUAUAUCACCAGUUGGUGGAAAUACUGAUACAUCUUUUCAUCGGGGGUGUAAAACUUUGGCUCCCAGUUCUCCUCUGGCAACCCCACUUCCUGACAAUGGUUGUCGAAGCAAUGACUUUAAAGAUGUACUAACUUCUAUUGGGCAGGAUUUUUUAAAUCAAGUUCCCUCACGGGGAAAUCAUGUAGAAACCCCUUCAGAACAUUAUUCUGAUGAUUGUGAUUCUGAUGACUCUAGUAAUCAACCGGAAGUUAACUAGAGAAUUAUUGAACAUUAAAAUGAGCUGGUAAACAUGCAACUGGCAUAUUAGACUUCUCAGGGUGGCAGCAAAUCUCAACAGAUUGAAUUUGUUUUCUCUUUUCUCACAACACAUUUAGAACGUCCACGUAAAAUCACUCCCUCUUCCACUCCUUAAAAAUACACAAAAAAACAACAAAUCUAACAAAAUGCCCAGGAAAUUAGUUUUUCAUAUUUGCAAUGUACAUUGUCCUUACAUCAUGUUAAUAAUUAUUAGUUUCUUUUCAUUUACCACUCGUUUGUGUGAUCAUUUUGAUUUGCCCUUGUUUCUUUAACAUCUUUUGCUUUAACUAAUUCACAUUUGGUACCUCGUCUUCCUUUUUCACAUUUUUGUACAUUUCUUUUGGCUUUUCUCUGUCUUUAACACAUCACAAUCAUUUCGUUCUAUCCUUAUGGUUUUCACUUUCCAUAUAACAAACAUAAAAAGCAGAAAAAAAUAACAAAAACAAAACAAUAAAAACAGACAUUAAGACUAAACAAAAUUUUCAUGUUGCACAUUUUUAUUGUAGAGUUGCAGGGUGUAGUACUGUAAUAAUCUCCCCAUGUUUUUAAAUACUUUGAAAGAUAUUGUCUGAAAAGUAUCUGCACCUGUAAUCCUGCAAUUUCCCUUGCCCUAAUCCCAAACUUUUCCCUGCUGUUUCUUGUUUAAAGAAAUAGCAAGCUACAAAUAUUUAGUUAACUGUUGUCAGUUUUGACUUGAAUGCAUCUUGUAUAAAUUUUUGCACUCAUUUCUACUUCUGAUUUGUAGUCAACAGUGUGUUCCUUUUGUUGCUGACAGGUUCGAAGUGAGAGACAAUUUGUUGCUGGUCUGACUGUUUACAUUUCUAUUACACACACACAUAAUCCAUUGGGUGAAAUGACUAUAUUUGACCCAGUUAUUUAUCACAAGUGUCUUAAUCUAGUGUAUAUUUACUGCAAUCUCUCUAAUAAUUUCUUAACCAAGCCAUCUUAGAUCUAACUUCAUUUUAUACAGUUAUUUGAAUUUAACAACAGUUUUGGUCCAUUUUUUUUUCUCUUUUAAAUUCUGUGAUUUAUUUAUUUUCUUUCUUUUGUCAUUGCAAAACCUUAUGUGUAUUUUGUUAUAUGUAAAUUUAUCUGCAAAUGUUGACUCAGCACUUUUUAAUUAGUAGUUUUUAACAACACCUCCUUAGUAAUAUUUUUUUCUCUCCAUGAUUAAAACUACUUCUAUUUUAAUAAAUUAUAGCUGAAGAUGUUUUCAACCAACUUUCUUACCACCUUCUGACUUAUAAAUAGCAACAAUAAUAUUAAAUGGUAAGGCUGAUAAUAAAUUGUAGCUUAGCUCUGUAGUUAAUAUACAUCUUAAAACAUUCAAAUAGAUGACAGAUACUAUGUUUUCUAAUUUUAAAGGUCAUUUAAGAAUGUAUGAAAAAUAUGGCAAAAUAAUAUCUGUUGGUGGAUUCAAAUUUUGAAUUAGAUCAAAAUUAUAUUCCAAUAUUGUUGGAAGAUGUUCUCCAGAAGAAUUAUUAGAGAGAUGAUGGUACAUGUUCCUAGUUGCAAUUGAUCCCUAAGGCUGAUACUUUCUCUUUAUAAAUUUAUUUCUUAAUUAUAAUUUUUCUAAAAGAUUUGCUGCAGAAGUGCAGAAAGAGUAAUAGAUUUAUUAUGGCCCAAAUUUAACUUAAAAGGGUUCAUUUAUUUCAAUUUUUUUUGUAUCUAAAACUGUGAUAAUACUUUCAUGACAUCUGGUGUUGAAGUUAUAUUCCCAUACAACUAUAUUUCACUGUUACAGAAUAAUGCAACUUAAUACAUAACAACUAAAAUUUGAUAUUUAACAUACGCUUAUUUCAUUUAAGAAUUAUUUUGAUUAAAUUUUAACCAUGUAUCCUCAGUAUUUAUUUGAUAAUUGAAUUUGCUUAUUUGAGGAGGUUUUAUUACUACUACUACUUGUAUUAGAUAUUAAUUUAUGAGUUGCUAAUUUUAUUUCGUAUAUUACUCCUUUAGGAAAUGACUAACUUAUUGUAAUGCUCCCUUCUGCCUUAAUGUUAUUGGAAAAAAAUCUGCAAAACUCAAAACAAAAAUAUCAAUCACCCAAGCAAAUGUUUUAAGGGCUUAAAUGUCUACUUUUUCUCUGUUUAUUUGUUAAGUACGGAAUAUUAAUAUUCUGAAUUUAAAAAAAAAUGAAAAUAGGUAAUUUGAAAAGAAAAAAAUUGUUUGCAAAAAUCUUUAGAUUUAUGUAUUUUCUAUGUCUUUAUUAGGACUGGAGUCAAAAAUUGGUUCUAAAAAAAUACAAUAUAAUGUAUUUUGAAAAAUGUGAUUAGAAAUUUAAAAUAGGAGAAAAAAAAACAACCCUCCCUCACAAAAGAAAAAAAACAAACUAGUAUUAUAUAUAGUAAUUAGGGGAAAAAUACUGCCAGGAAUUUUUCACUUUUUAAAGUUAACCCUGAGAAUGCAUUUCUUUGCACUUUGGAAUUUGUUUAGAAACACCCAUAGUAAACAUCUUUACUUUACUGCCACAUAGUUUCUUGUGUUAGCUGUACUGAAAACCUACUGAACUUGGUUCACAAUAGCUUUUUUCCCUCCCUUGAAUUGACGUAUUUUCAAAAAUUACUCACAUAGCAAAAUAUCUUGAGUUACUCUCUUAUUUAAUAAAUUUUUAUACUAAAGUUUUCUUUACAUUUAAUUAAAUGAAUAUAUUCAAGUAUAGUUAUUUAUGAAGUUGAUACUUAUUUUAGCUUGCUGACUUAGGCAUUUAAUCAGAGUAUUGUCUUCAGUUUUUCUCAAUAUUUGCCGAAAGAUUAAAUUUGUUUUGCAGCUUUCAAUAUAAUUUCAGUAUUGCUAUAAUGUAUGAUUCUCUUUGCCAUGUGAUUUUGGUAUGAGCUAAGUGAAUGUAAUAUAUUUGAGAAAUGUUUCUAAAACUGUUUCUAAUAGAAAACAUUUGAAUGUUGAUGUAUAUUUCUUUUGUAGCACAUACAAAUUGCAGGUAUAAAAAGACAAGAUGUAAUAUUUCCUAACCAUAUGAAGAUGCUUAUGUGGGAGAAUUUUGUUAAUUAUACAGUACAUGUUUUAUAUCUUCAAAGUAAUAAUUGCUUAUUAAUCUCUUUGGUUUUAUAUUAAAAUGAGUGAUGGAGUUGUAAUAUUUUUCAAUAUAGAUUAGUUUCAAUGAACAGUUAAAGUUUCAGAAAAUUAACCUGGUUAUAUGAAAUGUGUAGAACAUAAUGUAAUCUGUAAGGACAUUAGAUUUGUUUAAUAUUGAAGUAUGUGGAAACAAUAUUUUUAUAUUCUGUUUCAUUUUGUAUUGAUCUAUGAAACAAAAGUAACAACUUAAACUUGCUCAUUUUUGUCAGUUUCUUCUUUCCACUGCUGUAACAAUUUAGCCUAGAGGUAAGGGUUCUUGCCUCUUAGCUUAUGUUAUGUUGGUUUUAGAAAUUCUCCUUUAUCAACAAUUAAUAGUCACUAUGCCAAAGUAUUUAAUGUAAUGUUGUCUCUAUAGUACUAGUUCAGUUGGAAAAUUGUUUCUUAAGAAAAUAUAUGGAUUGGAGAAUCACUGAUAUUUGUAACCCAUUAAAAAAGCAAACAACUUUUGAAUUGGAUUUUUACUAAUUGAUAACACAGUAACAAUGUUUACAGCUUGCUGAAAUUUCAACUUAACAUUCCUUUUGUUGCAUCAAUUGAAAAAGAGAGACACCAUUUCCACUUUGAUAUUAAGAAGGGUAUCCAGCUAUAAAAAUGUAUUUAUAUGUUAUAUGAUGAAUGGAAAGUUGUACCUUGGAUUCACUUGUCACAUUACUGGCAUAUGAAUUUUAUUAACACUCCUUUGGGCCCUCCCUAAUUUUAACUGAAGCACAUAGUGUUAUAGUAGCUUUUUUCCCUGCCAGAAUUUGGAGAAAACAUUACAAGGCAGGUGUCAGUUGUUUCAAGCAAUUGUUAAUCAUUCAUAUUGAUAAAAAUGUGUUGUUUUUUUUUUUAAAUUGAUUUAAGAAAAAAUUUUGAUUUCAACAUAGGUUCCCCAAUCUUUUGCAUGGAUUAUUAGUUACAAUAAAUGUUAAGAGCUUUAUGUUGUAUUUUAUUUAGGUACUGAAUCUUAGUUGUGCUAUAUGAAUUUUAAUGAGGUAUAAUUCCCGUAAUUGAUUGUCAUUAGCAAAUGCAUACUUCUCUCAAUUUAUAUCUUUCAGUUGGUCACAUUUAGCUUUAGAGCUGUCUUAGAUGAGAUAUUUGUGGAUCAUUUACAUUUUUGAUAUAUUACAUUGCUUAUCAUUGAUCCCCAGUACAUCAUGGUUGUCAUGAAAGAUGUUUUAUCAUUUAGUGGUGCCUGUUGUGCCAUUCUGAAACUAUUACUCAUUCUUUUCAUCAUUUCUGAUUCAGAGUAUGUUAGAAUAAUAAAGUUUUAAUCUGUUAUAAUUUUAGCUGGUGAUACUGCACUCAUUUUAGCAAAAUGGUAUGUAAUGUUUAUUUAAUGUCAAAACAUGGGGUUGUGAUUUUUUCUUUCACUGGAGUUAGUAGAAAAAGAUGGAACUGUUUGUUAAAACAUCAGAUAAAUGUUACAUUUAUGGAGUUAUUUUAGGUUGCCAUGACUUGUCAAAUUUAGAUAAUUUUAAUUGUGCAUUUUAGAUAUUUUCUUCACUGCAUUCUUGGAAAUGCACAUUUCUUAUUAGUUGCAACUAAUGGUUUUGGGCAGCAAGCACUUUAUAGGCCUUACUAGUAGAUUUUUGAAAACCAAUUAGAUUUCCUUCCUAUGGGAGCUGAAUAUUUAACCAGAAUGUUUGAAAAUAUUUUUGUAUUAUUGCCUUAGUGUUUUUGUCCAAAGAAAAACAAUGACUAUGACUGGAGGUUCUAUCAAAUAUUUGAAUGAAUUCUCUUGUUAAUCUACAUUUUUAUUUUGAAAUAGUAAAUAGACAACAUAAAUAUCUUGCACAGGAUGAAUUAUUUUAAGAGGUAAUUUUUGGAUGAUACAAUAUGACUCUUAUUUUUAUCUAUUUUUCCCUGACAUAUCUUUUAAGGGAACAUAUUUUCUAAAAAUGAACUCUCACUUUUAUCAUCUCUCUACCAAUUAAUUUAAAUAAUUAUUAACCCCUUAGCCAGCUUGUGGGAGAAAUUACCUGCCCCUUGUUCCAGCUGCCAAGUAAGUUUUUAACAGAAAUCAAAGUUGUAAUUAGAAGCAGCUUUAGUGUCUGCUUUUAAUUAUUUUUUUUAAUAACAAAUUAUAUAACACAUUAUAUAACACAUUAUAAGCAUUUCAUAUUAUAACAUAAUAAAAUAACAUUUAAUCAUUAUCUUUUCCUUUUAAUAAUAAUAAAAAGUUAUUUGCAUAGUGUAUAGCUACAA